AUGGCCCAAGAUAAGCAAAGCUUGACUGAAACAUCAGAUUCUGGCAACCACAUUUCCAUUUUCAAGAAAAACAAGAGACUUUUCUUAGCCAUUUUUGCUACUUUAUUGCUAGUUGCCACUAUAGUUGCCGUUGUCACUGGUGUUAAUUCGCACAAGAAUAGCAAAAAUGAAGGUACUCAUGCCAUCCUCAAAUCUUCAUGCAGCUCCACACUAUAUCCUGAAUUAUGCUACUCAGCUAUUGCCACUGUCCCUGGAGCCACUAGCAAUUUAGCUAGCCAAAAAGACGUUAUUGAACUUUCCAUAAACCUCACUACCAAAGUUGUUCAACACAAUUUUUUCACUGUAGAGAAGCUCAUAGCCACCAGGAAACUCACCAAAAGAGAAAAGACUGCUCUCCAUGAUUGUUUGGAGACUAUAGAUGAGACUCUUGAUGAGUUACACGAGGCUUUAGUAGAUCUCAAUGAGUACCCAAACAAGAAAUCUCUUAAACAACAUGCAGAUGACCUCAAAACCCUGUUGAGUUCUGCCAUAACCAACCAAGAAACAUGCUUGGAUGGUUUCUCUCAUGAAGAUGCAGAUAAAAAGGUGCGAGAAGCUUUGUUGAAGGGUGAAAGUCAUGUCGAAAAGAUGUGUAGUAAUGUAUUGGCAAUGAUCAAGAACAUGACAGACACUGACAUUGCCAAUGAGCUCAAGACCACGAACAGGAAGCUCAAGGAGGAGAAAGAUGGUGAUGAAAGUGUGUGGCCGGAGUGGAUGUCAGUCGCAGACAGGAGGCUGUUGCAGUCAUCAUCCGUGACUCCAAAUGUGGUGGUGGCGGCUGAUGGAAGUGGGAAUUAUAAGACGGUAUCAGCUGCAGUUGCUGCUGCGCCACAGAAAAGCAGCAAGCGGUACAUAAUUCGAAUCAAGGCCGGCGUUUACAGGGAAAAUGUGGAAGUACCGAAGAAUCUGCAUAACAUAAUGUUUCUGGGAGAUGGAAGAAAAACAACUAUCAUUACAGGAAGUAGGAAUGUGGUUGAUGGUAGCACAACCUUCAACUCUGCCACAGUUGGUAAUAAUGCGUCACCUCACUUUCUCUAUAUCUUUUUCCACACACAUCCAUACACAUAUCCGAAGAUGGGGUCCAUUGUUGCUAAAUUUAGGGAAGGAACGCGAACCUUCGUCAUUAUUGAUGCAGAUUUGGUUGAGAGCAUGCAUUUUCAACAUGACAUGACCAUAAAAGUUUUCCCCAAUUCCCACGACACAGCUAUAGUUCUGGGGGUGGGUGGGAUUAUGCAUUUUGGAAGAGCCUCAUUUUCGCUGACUGUGAUUGAUUUUGCUGCAUAA